AUGAGUGGAGGUCCUGUACGCAUUGCCGUCGAGGGUUGCGGCCACGGCACGCUUCACUCCAUAUACGCGUCCGUCGCACGUUCCGCUAAGCUACGAGGCUGGGAGGGUGUGGAUCUGGUCAUAAUAUGCGGAGACUUCCAGGCAGUGCGUAAUUCCUUCGACCUGAACUGUAUGUCAGUGCCUCCGAAGUAUCGCGAGAUAGGCGACUUUCACGAAUAUUACUCUGGCCGGCGUCUUGCUCCAUACCCCACAAUCUUCAUCGGAGGCAAUCAUGAAGCCUGUAAUCACAACUGGGAGCUAUAUUACGGUGGAUGGGCAGCCCCUAAUAUCUAUUAUAUGGGUGCCGCCAAUGUGGUACGCUUCGGUCCAUUAAGGAUUGCUGGUCUCUCCGGUAUCUGGAAGGGGUACAACUAUCGCAAGCCACACCAUGAACGUAUACCAUAUUCGCCUGAUGACGUGAAGAGUGCCUACCAUAUAAGGGAAUGGGAUGUCCGGAAGCUACUCCAACUUCGGACUCAAGUAGACAUCGGUCUCAGUCACGACUGGCCCCGUAAGAUAGAAUGGCUUGGCGAUUGGAAAACGUUGUUCGCGAAGAAAGUACAUUUCGAAAAAGACGCACGAGAUGGUAGCUUAGGCAGCCCGGCUGCCAGAUAUGUCCUAGAUAGGCUCCGACCGCCGUUCUGGUUCAGUGCUCAUUUGCAUGUCAAGUUUGCAGCAACUGUCACACAUAAGGCUCAGUCAGCGUCAGACGAGAUCAAAGCGAACAGCGCGGCGCAAUCAGCUACUCCUAUCAUUCCCAAAAAUGACGAUGAAAUUGAUCUCGAUAUGGACGAUGGCGAUGAACAACCAGCCUCUGUGGCUAUUGAGGGACUGUCCAAACCGACCGAAGAUCUGAGAGCACAGCUUCCAACAUCAUUUCUGAAACGAAAGGUGCCUGAACGUAACAUCACGCUUCCGACAGAGAUCUACAAUCAGACCACUCAAUUUCUUGCUCUAGACAAGUGUCUAGCACAUCGUGAGUUUCUACAGCUUCUUGAAGUUGUGCCCACAGAGGCGACUCCUGUGGAGCGACCCUUCUCACUUCAGUACGAUAAGGAAUGGCUUGCAAUCACACGCGUCUUUGCCAAAGAGCUCAUCGAUGGUAGUCCAAAUGAGAGUUUAUCCGAAGACAAGGGUGAGCGAUACUAUCGCCCGCUAAUUGAACAGGAAGAAACCUGGGUAGAAUCAAACCUUAUAAAGUCAGGGCGCAUGGGCAUACCAGAGGACUUUGCAAUUACUGCACCAGCAUACGAUGCUGCGGAAGGGCUUAUGCCGAGAGGACAGCCAGUAAUUUACAAGAAUCCGCACACACAAUCAUUCUGCGACCUGAUACAGAUACCCAACGCUUUCCAGCCGUCUGCUGACGAGCUUGCUGUGUGGGAAGGGCGAACAUCAGUGACGACGCAAUUCGACGACCAUGUCUACGUUAGCGGUAGAGGAGCUUCCCACAGAGGUCGCGGCCGUGGAUCGUCAAGGGGUGGUAGAGGGAGCGGUAGGGGCCAACGUAGGUGA